AUGCGCGGCGGCGCCAGGUCGUGCCACCGCGUAUACCGCUGGCUCGUUCUCCGAGACGCGCUCUCCGCCCCGCCUGACAUCCUUCCUGCACUCGCAUCUCACUCCCUUCCUCCCUCCCCUCAUCCGCCGCUCUUUCCGCCGAUUGCGCACACCGUCAUUGCGGCCUCGACGAGCACCGCCUUUGAGGCAUCUCAAAGUCCGACGUCGCGCAAUGCCUUUGCCUCUAGUAUCAGUACCGCAUCCCGGCCGUCCACGUGGAUUGCCGAACACGUCAGCAACAGCAGCACUUACAUCCCCGGGGCGGCCGAUUUUCGUUUUCGGGGGCUCCAAAGCGGCAUCUGCGGCGGCGGAGGCGGAGGCUAUGAUCGGCGGUACGGCGGAACGCAGCAGACGCGCGGAUAUGCCCAGCAGGCGGGGGGAGGGAGACCGCGCACGCCAAUGGCGGUGCCGUUCCAGGUGACACCUGAGGAGGCCCGGGCUCUGUUGCGAGAACACCUGACGGGGCACCUGCUGGCGCCCGCCAUUGCUGACGUGGACUCGUCUAUGGCUCUCGCUGCCGUCUUCCAACCUUUCUGGACCUUCGCUGCUGACGGUGGGUGCAUGGGUUGGGGGGGGAAGGGGGUGUGCCACUCUCCUGCUCACGUCCGCUCCCUCCCUCUUUCUCCUUUCCACCCUCUCUCCCCUCCUCCCACUCUCCCUUCCACGCUCUCGUCCCUCCACUCCACCUAUCUCGCCGUCCCUCCCUCGUCUAACACCUGCACAACACACCCCUUCGCUGUGCUCUCCUCUCGUUGCUCUCCCUUUCGGCGCUUCCUCCUCUGUUCCAUCCGCCCUCGCCUUCCCAUCCCACUUCUCCUGCUCUCACCUCUAUUUCCGCCCUCUUUUCCUCCGUGCCCACCUCCUCCCCUACCUCCGUCCACUUUAUCUCAGCCACCCCUGGUUCUCUUCCUGCUAGUUUUCCUGUUCCCUCUUUCUGUCCCGCCUUCUCUCCCCUUUCUCCUCACCUCCCUCUUCCCCCCUGUUCCACACUCUCCCCCGUCCCCCCCCCCUUCUCCCUCCCCCCAACCAGCAUCGCCACACUGUUCAGUGCGGUGCAGAGCGGUGCUCUCUCGCCCGCUGCAAGCACCCUCCACCGACCCCAUCAUGCAGCUCUACGCUGCCACCAGGUACAGUGCGGUGGAGAGUGAUGAUACAUGUCUGGGGCAAGUGAUGGCCGGCGAUCCCCCACAGUCUGGUGCAGCGCAAGUGCUAGCAGGCGAUGCAAUCAACUACCAACAGGGAGCGGGCAUGGGCGGUGGUGAAGCAGCGGUGGAUGAAGCAUCUCGAGACAGAGCUCAGCAACCACCUCAAAUGGGUGCGCCCUGUGCUUUCCUGCUCUGCCUCACCCUGCCCUGUGCUGCGCCUCUGCCUUGCGCUGCUUGCGUUGGCGUGCUCUCUCAAGCCAUAGUGCUCUCUCAAGCCAUAGUGCUCUCUCAAGCCAUAGUGCUCUCUCAAGCCAUAGUGCUCUCUCAAGCCAUAGUGCUCUCUCAAGCCAUAGUGCUCUCUCAAGCCAUAGUGCUCUCUCAAGCCAUAGUGCUCUCUCAAGCCAUAGUGCUCUCUCAAGCCAUAGUGCUCUCUCAAGCCAUAGUGCUCUCUCAAGCCAUAGUGCUCUCUCAAGCCAUAGUGCUCUCUCAAGCCAUAGUGCUCUCUCAAGCCAUAGUGCUCUCUCAAGCCAUAGUGCUCUCUCAAGCCAUAGUGCUCUCUCAAGCCAUAGUGCUCUCUCAAGCCAUAGUGCUCUCUCAAGCCAUAGUGCUCUCUCAAGCCAUAGUGCUCUCUCAAGCCAUAGUGCUCUCUCAAGCCAUAGUGCUCUCUCAAGCCAUAGUGCUCUCUCAAGCCAUAGUGCUCUCUCAAGCCAUAGUGCUCUCUCAAGCCAUAGUGCUCUCUCAAGCCAUAGUGCUCUCUCAAGCCAUAGUGCUCUCUCAAGCCAUAGUGCUCUCUCAAGCCAUAGUGCUCUCUCAAGCCAUAGUGCUCUCUCAAGCCAUAGUGCUCUCUCAAGCCAUAGUGCUCUCUCAAGCCAUAGUGCUCUCUCAAGCCAUAGUGCUCUCUCAAGCCAUAGUGCUCUCUCAAGCCAUAGUGCUCUCUCAAGCCAUAGUGCUCUCUCAAGCCAUAGUGCUCUCUCAAGCCAUAGUGCUCUCUCAAGCCAUAGUGCUCUCUCAAGCCAUAGUGCUCUCUCAAGCCAUAGUGCUCUCUCAAGCCAUAGUGCUCUCUCAAGCCAUAGUGCUCUCUCAAGCCAUAGUGCUCUCUCAAGCCAUAGUGCUCUCUCAAGCCAUAGUGCUCUCUCAAGCCAUAGUGCUCUCUCAAGCCAUAGUGCUCUCUCAAGCCAUAGUGCUCUCUCAAGCCAUAGUGCUCUCUCAAGCCAUAGUGCUCUCUCAAGCCAUAGUGCUCUCUCAAGCCAUAGUGCUCUCUCAAGCCAUAGUGCUCUCUCAAGCCAUAGUGCUCUCUCAAGCCAUAGUGCUCUCUCAAGCCAUAGUGCUCUCUCAAGCCAUAGUGCUCUCUCAAGCCAUAGUGCUCUCUCAAGCCAUAGUGCUCUCUCAAGCCAUAGUGCUCUCUCAAGCCAUAGUGCUCUCUCAAGCCAUAGUGCUCUCUCAAGCCAUAGUGCUCUCUCAAGCCAUAGUGCUCUCUCAAGCCAUAGUGCUCUCUCAAGCCAUAGUGCUCUCUCAAGCCAUAGUGCUCUCUCAAGCCAUAGUGCUCUCUCAAGCCAUAGUGCUCUCUCAAGCCAUAGUGCUCUCUCAAGCCAUAGUGCUCUCUCAAGCCAUAGUGCUCUCUCAAGCCAUAGUGCUCUCUCAAGCCAUUGUGCUCUCUCAAGCCAUAGUGCUCUCUCAAGCCAUUGUGCUCUCUCAAGCCAUUGUGCUCUCUCAAGCCAUAGUGCUCUCUCAAGCCAUAGUGCUCUCUCAAGCCAUAGUGCUCUCUCAAGCCAUAGUGCUCUCUCAAGCCAUAGUGCUCUCUCAAGCCAUAGUGCUCUCUCAAGCCAUAGUGCUCUCUCAAGCCAUAGUGCUCUCUCAAGCCAUAGUGCUCUCUCAAGCCAUAGUGCUCUCUCAAGCCAUAGUGCUCUCUCAAGCCAUAGUGCUCUUUGUUUACAAACCCCAUGUCAUGCGAUAA